UCUAAUCUUUUCAAGUAGGAGAACUUGCACAGUUGGUGGUUGACUAAAUACUUAUUUGCCCCACUGUACAUGUUAACCAGUUCAGUUUUGCCUCAUUAGUUGCAUGUAAAAAAAAAUUACUUGCAUGUAGCCAUCUUAGUAGUUUGCCAAAGUUGUCCUACUUGCGUGCAUGGUAUGGAAAAAAGAUGUCUCAUACUACUGCAAUGAAUUGUUUCGCCCACAAGGAUAAAGAGAUUACUUGGGCAUGGAUCUUAAGCCGGACAUAAAGGAUAUAGAAUAAUUGCUCAGGCGGCUUUGAGUAGAAGGAGAAUUUGUCCACGCUGCAUGCCUGCUCGCCGGUAGGUGGAGCUUGCUUUCUUUGGCUGGAGAAGAGGAAGAUGAGGAGGAGGAGAGGGAUGGAGCUCUGGAUGAUUAAGGCAGCAAGAAGAGGAGGGGAUGGCGGGGGAUCGCGGGAGAGAGAGAGCAAGCGUCAGCACUCCAUGCGUUAAAAAGGGCAGAUGGUAACGGCGGGUAACUGAGGAGCAAAGCACUCUGCUCGCCACGCAGCCACAGAUCAGUGCGAGGAGAGCCGGCCGCUCAACACAUGCAGCAGCAGCAUCUCGCAGGAACCUGGAGAAAACCAUGCUUCUUCUUCUGUGAGCUCACGCUGACAGGACAGAGUAGCAGGAAAGGAAAAGUGGAGAAAAGGAAAAUAAGGAGCUGAGCUUGCAGCUGGAGGAGUCUUUGACAACAUUUGGGAGAAACUGAUGAAUGAAAGAUGGGGCGCACACCAGUGGGAAGAAGAGAAGGAGGCGCAUUCAGGACAAGAGACGAGUGAAAUAUUUAAAGGAGAAACUUGCAGAAGAAAGAGAAUUCAUCAGCAGAAGCCGAGGGGAGUCAACUCGUGUUCAUUUUUUUUCUGUGUUUGAUGACACUCAAGUAGGACAACGAGGAGGAGGAGGAAGACGCUUUCCGCUCUCAGUACAAGUCCGGGAAAAGUGUGCGAGGAGCUUCCAAUGGCGUGCUACUACAUCGUGAUCAGCUCCACCCACCUGCGCGAUGGACAGCUGAGGAGCAUCAAAGGGGUCUUCCGAGGGCCAAUCGGAGCUGGAGGACACAAAAACAACAAAACGGACGAGGGCGCCCCCAGCCUGUAUUGCGAGCUGUGUGACAAACAAUACGUGCGACACCAGCAGUUUGACAACCACAUCAACUCCUACGACCACCACCACAAGCAGCGCUUGAAGGAGCUGAAGCAUCGUGAGUUCUACAGGGCAUUGGCCUGCAGGAGGCGAAGGGAAGAGCGCAGGGAGGAGCGGUCGCUGAGAAAGAGGCUCCAGCAGGAGCAUCCUCAUCAUCAUCAUGAGGACAAAACUGAAGAGCACUGCGCUCCGGGUUCCGGCCCCAUGUUCCGCUCCACUACUGUGGCCGUGGAGCCGGUGAGUGCGAUGGAGAAAUGGAGUGACGCACGUGCCGACAACAAUGGCAGCGAAGGCAUCAGAGCACUGGGAAGAGAUCCUCAAAGCUCGCUGCUCCUUCCUCUGGACACCGCACUGGGAAGCCGACUCCUGAGUGACACACGGUGGCCAUACCAGCAACUUGAUGCCAAAGCCAUUACAUCAGAUGACAUCACCAGCAAAAAUAGUGAUGCGAGCCAAAGCGGCGCCUUUAACAAGCUCCCCUGGGCCACAAGUUUCUUAAGUGACACCAUUAGGUCCAACAAAAUCCCCGCAAACAACGAAAACAAAACCUCCCUCACCAGCAGAGGGCGCCCGGUUUGCUUCUCACUGCCUAAGAGGAGCUGCGUUCUCCUCCACCAGUCGGCUGCCAUCUUUAUACAAGCGGGGCGGAGCUCACGAGACGGCAAAAAGACAACACAAAAAGUGGAUGCCAAAGUCGCACCGCAGUUGUCAGCCACACCUUGUGUCCAUGCUUUGGCCAGCGAUCUGGAUGAAAAUAUGAAAGCCACCUUGUCUUUAUGUAACCGCCACGAUGGGACCAGAGCCCAAGUCCACGUGGGAGGUGGGACAGUAGCCCAAGACACGGGUGGAUGUAAGAGUGGAGCAGUAAUCACUGGUGGAGGUUGGAUAGGAGCCCAAGGCGGAGGGAAAUGUGGCCUUGGCGCCAAAUUUAGUGGUGGAUCUGGAACUGAGGUGCAAUUUACAGGUGGUAGGCUGACUGGAGUCCAAGUAACUAGUCGAACUGGGACAGUAGACCAAGUCAAUGUUAGGGGUGGGGUUCUUAACAGUGGUCAAAGUGAACCCAUAGUUAUUGGAACACAUACAACUGGUACAAAAGGACCUGGGUAUGAAGAUAAAGAAGGUAGUAGAACUGCUGCUCAUGAUGAUUGCUACCGUGCGCCUAAAGCCCAAAUCACUAUCAGAGGUAAUACCAGAGCCCAGGGCUAUAGUCAAACUUUGACAAGCACUGAAGACACCCAAGAUAAUGGUGAAAUUAGGACUGAUGCCCAACUAAUAUGUCCAACUGUCAUACGAAAUGGAGCUGAGGCUGUAGUUAGCCGUGGACCUGAGAAAAGAGCCAUCCAUAACUAUGGUAGACUCAAGACUGGAGCUCAAAGUAAUAGUCAAAGUGAGGGACGGAAGCAAAUUGUUGUGAGAUGUGGCACUCGAGUCCAAGAUCAAGGUAGAGGCCACCAAGACUUUGUUGGUAGUGGUAAUGGAGCUGAAGGCUGGGUUGGAUCUGGUACAAGAGCCAAAGUUACUGAUCAAAAGGGGACAGAAGUCCAAGACCAAGACAGGCGUAGGACUGAAGUUGCCCAAAAUGGUGUUGGUAGUACGAUUGGAAUUCUAGAAACAGUUCUAAAUAGAAUUGGAACGCAGUCAAGCAAUGAGGGUGGGACUGCAGCUGAUCAUUAUGUGACCAGCAGGGGCUCAGCACCACAACCAACCACUUUAGCGUGUCAAGGUUCUUGCUUUGAAACCUCUGCUAAAACUGACUUUGUUCAAAAGCUUCAUUCUUCCACUCCCAUUGAGCUCCAACAAUCAGGACCAGUGAACCAAGCCAAAAAGUUGAAUCCAGAACAAUCAUCGAAUUCACUUCUGUGCCGGCCCAAGGAACCCUUUUGCCCUGUCCUCAGCCGUGAUGGCAAACGCAUCUUGCUGUGGCCCACGGAGAUGGUCCGCUACACCAAAACGUCGCCCUCGCUGUCCUAUGGCGUCAACCCGCUGCUGUAUGACUUCCGAGCGCACGCAGGCGGGCAGAGAGAGGUGGGGUGCAGAAGAAAGCCAUCAGUGAUCAAACACGCCGGCUGCCAACAGAAAUGGGAAAGCGGUGGGGGAAGCACCGAGGUGAAGCCAGAUGAAAGUCUGGAUGAGAAUGAAGGAGGACAGGCGGGAAAUCCUCUGCAAGUUGCGGACCGAGACAAAGGUGGCAAAGAAGUCUGCGCUUUUCCAAAUGCCGACACAUUAAAAGCCACCCGUGUUGGAUUGAGAAGGAGGAAAAGAAGAAAAAGGGGAGGGGUGAGAAAGAGGGGUAGAAGAAAAAGAGGUGAUGAGAUGAAGACGAAAGAGAAAGGGAGGAAGGGGAUAAUAACCGGUCUCUGUGAGAUGGUGAGGCUCAAAAGACAGGACACCGGAACAGAGGAAAGGCGGGAAAAGCGGCUAUUAAGUCAUCUGGCAGCGCGGCGGAUGCUCACAGGCCCCGAAAAAAGAAUGACAGGGGAGGAGGAGAGACGGGUAGCAGAGAAUGACGUGCUAUUAAGUCGUCCUUCCACGAAUCGGUGUAAUCGCUCGAAGCAGGUGAACGCGGAGGACGGCCUGCAUCAAUGCCAGCAAUCAUCCUCCAGGUGGGGUCCCGCGUUUACAAAGCCCCUCUGCGGGAAUGCGUCAUGUAACGCGCCGAUUAGCCCCGCUAUCAAGACUCCACGCUGUCCCGCAAUCACGGCCGACCCUGCCGCCACGGACAAGGGGCCGCAGCACAAACAUCGAGACGGAGACGAGCGAGGGCAGGAAGAUAAGGACUGCGGGAAUCUGAGGGAGAUAAGAGCUCAGGAGGCGAGAGUGUGCGAGGUGGCGAUUAGCAGCGUCUCGUCCCCCCGCAGAGACGCAGCAUGCGAGCGCCAAAUCCAUCUCGCACUGUCUCAACACGCGGAAGCAGCAUGGGAUGGAGCGAUUAGCCCCGUCCCCCUUUCCUUUAGGGGCCCAGCAUGCCCCCGCAGUCAAACUGCAGUGGAACAUAAUCGCUCCUCUGGCGCACAAAAGACAGAAAGCGAGCUGUGCGUCCGAUCGGAAUGCACAAACACGACACCCGUCUGCAAGGAUCUUUCACAGGAAGUGAGAGGUAGCGAAAAGCGGAAGUGGACAGAUAGUCCAGAAAUAAAUGCUUGGAAGAAAUGUAAACAAACACUAAACAGGACUGCUGUUGGCUUUGAGUUGAGUAGAAAUUUGGUCACGAUAGACACAAGACAAGGAGAUGCGAAGGAGACGAAUCCAAGUCCCUUCUCACCUGUUAGGACAGAUAAAGUUUGUCAGGAUACUGACAACGAUGAUGUUGAGGUUUCCUCUGUUGCUGAAAAACUCAUUGAUAUGCUUCCUGGGAAUGCUACUCACAAAUACGCCGCUCAAGAUGAUGAUAUCAACAAACAUGAGCCCCAACACAGCAGUGAGGAGACAAAUCCAAGCAACUUCUCACCUGACAGGACAGAAAAAGUUGAUCAGAAAGAUGCGAGGCAAAUGCCUCACCUUGAUGACAUCACGGGUCUAUUUGGUCCCCACUGUGUGGCACCCGAUGGGUGCUGUCCAUCACAUGACAACAUCCAAACAAUUGACUCUGUUGAUGCUAAAAUCAUCCAUGUGCCUCCAGAGGCUUUGACUCAUGAGUGUGCCACUCAUCAUCACAUACUUGAGGCCAAACCUCCUCACUGUGAGGUUGGCAAUAGCGCUCAGAAUUGUCAGAAAGACAAAAUGCCAGACAUGUCCUCAGCGAAGGAUGAGCAUCCAUCCAGGAGGCUCCAUGAGGGCAAGACUCUGGAACAUAUUUACCCAGAAAAAAGACCUCGUCUAUCCCAUGGCUUCCCGCAAGGGUGCCUACCACUCCAAGGUCCUCUCCUGCUCCCUCCACCUUCCUCCUUCACCUUCCAUCACACCAUCAUCCAGCAUCACCUCUCUCUGAUGCCCCCACCUCUCCCUCUCCCCUCGUUCCCCCACCUGCUGCCACGCUUUGCACCCCACCCCCUCACUCUAAAUCCUCCACCCCCACCCCCACCAUCUUUCUUUGCCUCGCCACCCAUCCAUCUCCUGGACGCUCCGUAUUCCCUUGCGACGGAAUUUCACCCCAUGUUGAGUAACCACCACCCAACCCUCCUGGCGCCACCCCACCCUGCGGCCCUGCCCCUGCAGGUGUUGUUCUAGCUGCCAUGCUGGAAGGCUUGGGAGAGACUCAGAAACAAAAGAGUAAUAAUGACAAGUUAUUUGCUGGCAUCAUUCACUCGUUGCCUCUAGCUAAUCACUUUACAAUGAACCCGCGUUUAUUGUGUGGGAUAAGUUCCAGGUGCACCCACUACCGAUGAAAAAUCUUCAAUAGAAGGACCUAAAAUUCAUUAGUGCAAGGGUGUCCAACCUUUUUUCUCUGAAAGGGCCAGCUUGAAAUCCUUCCACUGUUAUUUGUUAAACAUCAGAAUCGGGUAAGAAAGAUAGUUUUUAAAAAAUUAUUAACUAAUUUCCUGCCAUUGACGGUGAUAGAUGCCCAAUGCAUUUGACAGGUAGGGUUGGCAGCGAUCGAACAUUGGUGCCAGCCCUACCUGUCAAAAUGGAUAGGACGACAAUGGCCGCCAAUGGCAGGAAAACAUGGUAACUCAAUGCCAGCCUACCUAGUUGAAAUGAAUUUGAUUUCUUUGGAUUUCAAUGGCAGUCAAUGAGUUAUGGGCUACAAGAAACAAAAUAAUAUUUUUUGCAAUGUACAUGUACAUUUACAUUAACUGUACUGAAACAACCUUUACAGAACAAAGAGAAAAUGACCAGCGACAGCUAAAAAAAAGUCAGGAACAUCACAACUAAGGCUAGGUUCAUACUACAGGUCUUAAUGCACAAAUCCGAUUUUUUGCCAUAUCUGUUUUUUUGGCGUGCUGGUUCAGACUGCCUUUGUCCAUUGAGACCGUUCAAGUAUCACGCAUGGCACUAAUUCGCAGUCCGAGAUACGCUCAGCAAAGAGACCUGCAUGUGCAGAAGCAUCAAAAUCAAUUACAUAUGCGACAUGCUAGCUUAGGGUGACCAUAUUUUGAUUUCCAAAAUAGAGGACACUCAACCCGGCCUCAAGAUACUUGAAUUUUACUCGAAGUUCACUCAAAGAUGCCUAUAUCAUUUCAAUAUAUUUAUAGUGUGCCCCUCACUCUGGAUGGAAAAAUGCAGUUUGAAAAAAAAAUAAUGACUUAUAAAAAAAAAAAAAAAUGUAUAUUAUAUAUAUAUAUAUAUAUAUAUUAGGGCUGUCAAAAUUAUCGCGUUAAUGGGCGGUAAUUAAUUUUUAAAAUUAAUCAUGUUAAAAUAUUUGACGCAAUUAACGCACAUGCCCCGCUCAGAGAGAUUUAAAUGACAAUAUAGUGAAAUGCCCACUUGUUAAUUGUGUUUUGUGGAGUUUUGCUGCCCUCUGCUGGCUCUUGGGUGCGACUGAUUUUAUAGGCUUCAGCACCCAUGAGCAUUGUGUAAGUAAUUAUUGACAUCAACAAUGGCGGGCUACUAGUUUAUUUUUUGAUUGAAAAAUUUACAAAUUUUAUUAAAACGAAAACAUUAAGAGGGGUUUUAAUAUAAAAUUUCUAUAACUUGUACUAACAUUAUCUUUUAAGAACUACAAGUCUUUCUAUCCAUGGAUUGCUUUAACAGAAUGUUAAUGCCAUCUUGUUGAUUUAUUGUUACAAUAAACAAAUACAGUACUUAUGUACCGCAUGUUGAAUAUAUAUCCAUCUUGUGUUUUAUCUUUCCAUUCCAACAAUAAUUUACAGAAAAAUAUGGCAUAUUUUAUAGAUGGUAUGAAUUGCGAUUAAUUGCGAUUAAUUACGAUUAUUUUUUAAGCUGUAACUAACUCGAUUAAAAAUUGUAAUCAU